UGGAAAAGGAGGCUUAAAGAAAAAAGUUUAGAGAGCUGCGUAUAUAUAUCUGGCAGCUAGAGUAUAGCUAGACAUGGAUAAAAGAAGGGCUUACAUUUUGGCGGCUAUACUUGUUGUUUUUGUGUCCAUGGAAGUCGCCAUUGUUGUAGGUCAAGGCAACGGUAACAACAAUGGCAACGGCAAUGUUGGUAGUGGUAAUGGAAAUGGCAAUGGUAAUGGUAACAAGAAUGGCAACGGCAGUGUUGGUAGCGGUAAUGGUAACAACAAUGGUAAUGGCAAUACUGGAGGUGGUAAUGGAAAUGGAAAUGGAAAUGGCAAUGGUAACAAUAAUGUUAACACCGGAGGCAAUGGCAAUGGCAAUGGCAAUGGCAAUGGCAAUGGCAAUGGAAAUGGUAAUGGAAAUGGGAAUGGCGGUGGAAAUGGCAAUGGCAACGGCAAUGGGAAUAACAAUAGUGGAAGUGGCAAUGGCAACGGCAACGGCAAUGGGAACAGCAAUAAUGGUAGUGGGAAUGGAAAUGGUAAUGGAAACGGAAAUGGAAAUGGCAAUGGUAAUGUCAAUAGUAAUGGUAAUGGUAAUGGGAACGGCAAUGGUAAUGGUAAUGGUAAUGGGAAUGGGAAUGGUAAUGGCAACGGAAACGGGAAUGGCAAUGGAAAUGGCAAUGGGCAAGUGGCAGAUGCAAACAAAUACGACAUGAAGGCACCAGUAGCAGGGACAGGGCAGCAACGAGCUCUUUGCAAAACCAGAGGCGCAUGUUACAAUACGACUCUGACCUGUCCAUCUGAAUGCCCCGAGAGGAAGCCCAAGAAGAAUAAGAAGCAAAAGGGGUGCUUCAUCAACUGCAAUAGCAAGUGCGAAGCCGUGUGCAAGUAUAGAAAGCCUAAAUGUGAUGGAUACGGCUCUCUGUGCUACGAUCCUAGAUUCGUGGGUGGUGAUGGAGUGAUGUUCUAUUUUCACGGAGCCAAGGGAAGCGACUUUGCUAUUGUCUCAGACACCAAUUUACAGAUCAAUGCUCACUUCAUAGGCACUCGACCCUCAGGCAGAACGCGUGACUACACAUGGGUUCAAGCUCUUUCAAUCAUGUUUGAUUCCCACACUCUAGUCCUCGCAGCAAAAAGAGUUACUCACUGGAAUGACAACGUCGAGUCCCUGACCGUGACCUGGAACAGCCAGACCCUCACCAUCCCCACUGAUGGAGAAGCCGAAUUGAGGCUCAACAGCGGAGCCAGAGAAGUGAUUGUCGAAAGAACUGAUGACACCAACACGGUGAAAGUCAGUGUAUCUGGCCUUUUGGAGGUGGAUGUGAAGGUGACUCCAAUAAAAGAAAAGGAAAACAAGGUGCACAACUACCAGCUGCCAUCUGAUGAUGCAUUUGCUCAUCUGGAGACACAGUUCAAGUUUUUCGAUUUAUCGGAGAAUGUGGAGGGAGUUCUGGGGAAGACAUUCAGGCCGGAUUAUGUGAGUCCUGUGAAGAGAGGGGUGGCCAUGCCAAUGAUGGGUGGGGAGGACAAGUACCAGACUCCAUCUCUCUACUCUCCUGUCUGCAGAGUCUGCUUGUUCCACAGACAAUCUGCUCUUGCAGCUGCUAUGUAAUUUACCUAUUUACUUGUCUAUUUUUUAUGUCCAUAAAUUUGUAUUCUUUCUGUAACUAACUAAAUCUGUGAAGAUGUGAUGUAGCAUCUGAAUAAUGUAUGUAAUAAGGGCCAGAAAAGUGCGCCCAUAUUUCAUGAUGUAUAAGAUUACCUCUUUUCAAUUCUCUUGA